AUGCUUCCCUGGGUGGAACUUCUCCUCGCUACUGUGUGUCUUCUGGUCCUGGGAGUCAACGUGUGGGUUCUCGUCGACCAUCUCCUUACUAUUGACGUGCCUCCCACCAUCACGCACCCCCUGAAGUUUCGGAUUCUGCACUAUCUCUUCCAUCUGACAAUAACAUGGGGGACUAUACUUGAGAAGAUGAACAUUUGCUCCAUGCCCUACUUUUUCCGCUUUGUACAAGACAUCUUUGUGUCAAAGAAGAGCCUUGGUGUGUUUGUGAAGGACCUGCGUUUCGGCACAAUCCCUGUGAGGCUCUUUCAGCCCAAAACAGCCUCCUCCAAGCCCCGGAGAGGCAUCGUCUUCUUCCAUGGAGGGGGUGCAGUGUUGGGCAGCCUAGACUGUUACCAUAACCUGUGUACGUUCCUGGCUCGAGAGACAGAUUCAGUGCUGCUGUCGGUGGGGUACCGAAAGCUUCCUCACCGCCAUCAUCCUUUCUCUCUAUUGGAUUGCCUGAAUGCCUCCAUUCACUUCCUGAAGUCUACGAAAGACUAUGGGGUGGAUCCCUCCCAGGUUGUGCUCUGUGGAGAGAGCAUUGGAGGUGGGGCUGCAGUUAUUAUCACCCAGACCUUGGUGGGCAGAGCAGAUCUUCCCAAGAUCCGGGCUCAGAUCCUGAUUUAUCCAGUCCUCCAGGCAUUGUAUUUCCAGUCCCCAUCAAAGCUGCAGAAUGCAAAUAUUCCAUUCCUCACCAAAGAUUUCAUGAUGAACUGUAUUUGUAGAUAUCUGGCCAUUGACCCCUCCUGGAAAGAUGCCAUGUUGGCAGGGGCCUGUAUGCCCCCAAGUGUUUGGCAGAAGUAUGAGAAAUGGCUAAGCCCUGACAACAUCCCUAAAAUGUUCAGAAGCAAAUACCAGCGACCCAAGUCACCGGCACCUUUUAAUGAGGCUGCCUACCUAGAAACCAAGCAUACUAUGAAUACAGAUAUUUCUCCCCUCAUAGCAGACGACAAAAUCAUUGCUCAGGUUCCUGAGGCAUUCAUAGUGACCCUUCAGUGGGACUUUAUCCGUGAUGAUGCUUUGCUUUACAAGAAGCGCUUAGAAGACCAAGGGGUCCCUGUGACCUGGUACCAUGUAGAUGGCUUCCAUGGCUGCGCUGUUCUUUUUGAUAAUAAGUUUUUCUCUUUCCCCUGUUCCUUGGAUGUCGUAAAUGCUGUGGUCAGUUAUAUAAAGGGCUUAUGA